AUGUUUUAUAAAAAUACAUGUAGAAGCGAACCGCCAAAAAUAUUAGCACCUCAAGGGUUGUACAUAUAUGGAAGUGUUGGAGGUGGAAAAACCAUGUUAAUGGAUUUGUUCUAUGAAACAGCCCCGAUCAAAGAAAAGUUAAGAGUACAUUUUAACUCAUUUAUGUUAAAUAUCCAUUCAAGGAUCCAUGAACUUAAAAUCAAAUCUGGAAAAGGAGCAAGUUCGUUUAAAGAUGAAGGAUCAAAACCAUUUGAUCCCAUACCACCUGUGGCAGCAGAUAUAACCCAGGAAUCAUGGCUAAUUUGUUUUGAUGAAUUUCAAGUAACUGAUAUUGGUGAUGCAAUGAUAUUAAAACGUCUCUUUACACAAUUAUUUGAUAAUGGUUGUGUUGUCAUUGCAACAAGUAAUCGGCAACCUGAUGACCUAUAUAAGAAUGGAUUACAAAGAGCUAAUUUCCUGCCAUUUAUACCCAUAUUAAAAGCGCAUUGUAAUGUUGUACAACUUGAUUCUGGUAUUGACUACAGAUUGCAAGGAAGUGGUGGCAAAUUUGGAAAGUAUUUCAUAAACAAUGAGUUAACACCAGGAAACAAUGGUGUUGAUAACCUUUUUAAAUUUCUGAUAUCAAAAGAAAAUGAUACAGUAAGAGUAAGAGUAAUUAAUAUAUUAGGAAGAAAUGUUAAAUUUGCCAAGAGUUGUGGGCGAGUCUUAGAUUCAACAUUCGAAGAAUUGUGUGAUAGACCGCUCGGUGCCAGCGAUUACCUCAUAUUAUCUAAAACAUUUCACACUGUAUUCAUAAGAGAAUUGCCUCAAUUGUCAAUUGUCAAACAUAGGUCACAGAUUAGAAGAUUCAUAACAUUGAUUGACACAUUUUACGACAACAAAGUGCGGGUUGUCAUAGCAGCUGACUGUGAACCAAAAAACUUAUUUAAUUUAGACGAUACAAAAGAUGGGUAUGGCGAUGCUGAUAGAGCUCUAAUGGAUGAUUUGAGCAUUUCAAAGGAUUCGGAAAACUCUCGAGCGGCCAUUUUUACAGGCGAAGAAGAAAUGUUCGCGUGUGAUAGAUGUCUGUCAAGAAUAAUGGAAAUGCAAACGGACGAAUAUUGGGAGAAAUGGGGUAAAAAUAUAUGA